CGCAGCGCCAGGAGCCGGCAAGCCCCGGCCGCGGCCUCCCCGGUCAACCGCAGUCGGUGUACGUGGAGCAGGAGAGGAGCUCGGCUGAGGCCUCCCCCGGUGCGGUGCCUCUUGCCCUUCCCCGCGGCGGGAUGCGCUCGGAGGUGGAGCCGCAGCUGGGCGGCCUGGAGAGGUUCAUCAGCGCCGGCAGGGGCCGGGGGCUGCGGGUGCGGCGGCGCUACGCCGUGGGGGAGCUGCUCUUCACCUGCCCGGCCUACACCGCCGUCCUCACCGUCAGCGAGCGCGGCAGCCACUGCGACUGCUGCUUCGCCAGGAAAGAAGGAUUGUCCAAGUGUGGAAGAUGUAAACAGGCCUUUUACUGCAAUGUGGAAUGUCAGAAGGAAGACUGGCCAAUGCACAAGCUAGAAUGUUCUGCUAUGUGCACUUUUGGGCAGAACUGGAAUCCUUCAGAGACUGUGAGGCUAACAGCAAGGAUCCUUUCUAAACAGAAAACUCACCCUGAAAGAACACAGUCAGAGAAGCUGCUUGCUGUAAAAGAGUUUGAAUCACACCUUGACAAACUAGACAAUGAAAAGAGAGAGAUGAUUCAGAACGACAUUGCUGCUCUUCAUCACUUUUACUCAAAGAACUUGGAGUACCCUGACAAUGCUGCCCUUGUAGUUCUCUUUGCACAAGUUAAUUGUAAUGGCUUCACAAUUGAAGAUGAAGAGCUCUCACAUUUGGGAUCAGCCAUAUUUCCUGAUGUUGCAUUGAUGAACCAUAGCUGUUGCCCAAAUGUGAUUGUAACUUACAGGGGAACGUUGGCUGAAGUAAGAGCUGUUAAAGAGAUUGAGCCUGGAGAAGAGGUUUUUACCAGCUAUAUUGACCUGUUGUAUCCUACAGAAGACAGAAAUGACCGGUUAAGAGACUCUUAUUUCUUUAAUUGUGAUUGCAGGGAGUGCAUUACGAGAGAAAAGGAUAAAGAGAAACUGGAAAUCCGUAAUCUGAAUGUUCCUCCAUCAGCAGCGACUGUAUGGGACAUGAUCAAGUAUGCCAAGAAUGUGAUUGAGGAAUUCAGGCGAGCCAAACACUACAAAUCUCCUACUGAAUUACUGGAGAUCUGUGAACUUAGCCUGGACAAGAUGGGUGCAGUGUUUGAAGACAGUAAUGUUUACAUGUUACAUAUGAUGUACCAGGCCAUGGGUGUCUGCCUCUACAUGCAGGACUGGGAAGGUGCACUGAGUUAUGGGCAAAAAAUUAUCAGACCAUACAGUAAGCAUUAUCCCUCCUACUCCCUGAACGUCGCCUCCAUGUGGCUGAAAUUGGGGAGACUGUAUAUGACGCUGGACAACAGAAAGGCUGGAGUUAAAGCCCUGAAGAAGGCAAUUGCUAUCAUGGAAGUAGCACACGGGAAAGAUCAUCCAUACAUUUCAGAGAUCAAAAAGGAAUUAGAGGACCACUGAGCCUUUGAACCUAUGCAAUGCUUCAAACCUUUAUUUUAAAAGCCUUGUUAUGGAAACCUUCAGGAGCACUUUGAAAAGCGGUGGAGUAUGAACACAGUUCUGUCCUAUAAUUGGAAUGACAAACACACUUAGGCCCUGCAAAAUGUUCCUAGCUUCCACACAUCUACAAUUGGGUUUUUUUUUUUCUUUAAGAUAGCAUAGUUUCUCAAAUGUUAGGCCUUUUGACAGCUCACAUGCAAAAUAGCUAUCUUAUUUUCAUGGGUUUUAAUGUGUUUCUUUUUUGUGUUAAGUAAAUAAAGUGGUCUUGCCCCCCUCUUGAUUUCUCUUAUACACUUAAAUAGGUGCAACAGUUUUCUGAUGUCUGCUUUUGCUUAAGUCAUUUCAUUUAUCUGGCACAUUAAAUAGCAAAAGGUAUACUCCUAUACAGUUCCUCUUUUCAUAAAUAAUUUGGGGUUUGUUUGUGGUGGCUUAGCUGAGAGAAAGGGGAAAUGAGGGUGAUGAAUUCUGUGCAUUGUGCAGGAAAGGCACCACCCUUCCCUCAGCCCAGUAGUCUGCAGGGCCAUCACUGCUCCUGGCAGCUGGGGAUUCACCACUGUAAGGACCUAGAGCACAGCAGGUCUUGGACAGGGAAUGCUGGCACCUACCUGGGAGCUUGCACAAGACACUAUAACCAUGCAACUUCUGGGUUUUUAAUUUCUUUUACAAGUUAAAGGAAAGUUAUUGCAGAAGAGGGCUCAUUUUCUUACAGCCAUACUUUUGGCUCCAGUGGAUUAAAACUAUUCUAUUAAUAUGUUAACCAAUUAAUUUUAAUAGAGGAACAAGAAUAUUUUCUGAGGAAAAAAAUCCAAGACUUCACUUUCUCUUCCCAUAUAUAAGACCAGAGGGGUUUUGUGUCUUUUCCUCUUGGAGCAAUAGCAGAUAGCUUUUAAAGGUGGGGAAAGGAAAGAAGGGAGACUGUGGCUAUGUAUUUCCAGCACACCAAAGUUGAAAUAUGUAGCACAGUAAAACUACAUGACCAUUCCUUAUUGCUUUCACAGCUCAUAAAGUAUGAUGACAGAGAACACAUCAUCAUUAAGAAUCUCCUAUUUUCUUUCUUGUCAGUGCUGCCCUGAAAAAAAACCAAACCUGCUGGAUAACAAGGGUUUGUCAGCUCAUUUUGAUGAAAGCUUUCAUUGCUCUCUAACCAGCCAUUGUUGCUGGAAUAAAUAAAGCUGCACCUGAUCUUUCUGGAAAGCCUAAGCCACUCAAUUACAGCCAUGCCUAGGAAGAGGGCACCAGGUGAUUGUUUUUAUCCUAACUCUAUCUUGUCAAGCAAACUCUUGCUUAGGGAAAUAGCACCUUUGUUUUAGAACAUCUGUCCAAAGCCCACUGUUCAACACUAAAGAAUCAGAUUAUCAUAGCAUGAGCACUACUGGUAGGAGCCUUGCUCCCAUGAAACUUGGAUUACAGUUUACAGAACACUCAAAGCUCACAGUGGCCCUAGCUGUGCCCUCCUUUAAUGGAGGAAACUGACACAAGCGCUGUAGUUGCAAAUAAAAAACAUUACCCUGGUACAGGAAAGAACACGAGCAUAGUUUU